AUGGCGGUUGGAAAGAACAAGAGACUCUCUAAGGGCAAGAAGGGCCUCAAGAAGAAGACCGUGGACCCCUUCACCCGCAAGGACUGGUACUCGAUCAAGCUGAGAAUUGUGGCUGACAUUUUGGGCGGCAGUGUUGGCAAGACCCUGGUCAACCGUACCACCGGUCUCAAGAACGCAAACGACGCCCUGAAGGGCCGUGUCGUUGAGGUCUCCCUCGCCGACCUCCAGAAGGAUGAGGAGCACGCUUUCCGCAAGGUUCGCCUCAGAAUCGACGAGGUCCAGGGCAAGAACUGCCUGACCAACUUCCACGGUCUGGACUUCACCUCCGACAAGCUGCGAUCCCUCGUCCGCAAGUGGCAGACCCUCAUUGAGGCCAACGUCACCGUCAAGACCACCGACGACUACCUCAUCCGCCUCUUCGCCAUUGGCUUCACCAAGCGCCGCCAGAACCAGGUCAAGAAGACCACCUACGCCGCUUCCUCUCAGAUCCGUGCCAUCCGUGGCAAGAUGAUCGACAUCAUCCAGCGCGAGGCCUCCACCUGCACCCUUACCCAGCUCACCUCCAAGCUGAUUCCUGAGGUUAUCGGCCGCGAGAUCGAGAAGGCCACCCAGGGCAUCUACCCCCUGCAGCACGUCCACAUCCGCAAGGUUAAGCUGAUGAAGUCUCCCAAGUUCGAUCUCGGUGCUCUGAUGGCACUCCACGGCGAGUCGGCGACGGACGACGCGGGCCAGAAGGUUGAGCGGGAGUUCAAGGAUGGUCCUGCCCUUGCUAGCGUUUAA